AUGGCGCAAUGGUCCGGCGACACUCAGUCCCAGAAGGUGGGCGACCUCUUCCAACGCAUCCUGCCCAAGCUGAAGCAGGAGUACCAACGCUACAUCACCGACUACGACAUGAUGCGCGAGCGAAUCAAACUGCUGCGCGCUCAGCACGUUGACUUUUCAGCCCACGUGCUCAGAUUCUGCGCUGCGGCCGGUGGCGCCGAUAUGGGAUUCCACCUGAUCCUGCCCAUCCAGCGCAUCCCACGAUACGAGAUGCUGCUCUCGACGCUCACCAAGCACACGCCAUCGAACCACUCGGACUACCGGGAGCUUGUCACCACGCUGGACAAGAUCAAAGAGUUGCUCAACUUCCUCGACGAGACCAAGCGACGCGAGGACAACAAGCGCAAAAUCCAGCACGUCAUGGCGCACCUCUCCACCCCCAAACACAAGCUUCCACGAAUUUUGGAUGAGGAGCACAUGAAGGGUCGGGUCUUCCUGCGGGAGGGCCUGUUGUACGAUACCUACGGCAAGAAGAGGAAGGAGUGCUACGUGUUCAUGUUCGACGAGUUCCUCAUCAAGACCUCGCUCAAGAACACCCACCGGCUCACAACCAACCUCACCCGACUGGGGCUCAGCCAAAAGCCCGCGGAGCAGAAGCCGCCUCAGUACGAGUACAAGGACAUCAUCCCGUUCUCCAAAGUCUUCGUCUCGUCGCCAUCCCUCGAAGAAGAAGCUGAGGAGGGGCUCAACGUUACGUUCAAGCUCAUCGAACGCAAUCCCGCGCCGGACACGCCACCCUGCGUGCAGACGUUCACCUGUUCGUCGGAGAACGAGCGCAAGUCGUGGAUGAAGGACAUCAGCGAGGCCAUCAACCUCAGCGCCGUCAUGAUGCAGGUCCACUCCACCUCCAUGAUCGUGCGGCGAAAAUGA